CCAGACCAAUAAAUCUGUCUCCUAGGACCACGUCCACCCACCCUAUUCAAUUAUGUCUUCCUACCCGUCCUCCACUUGCGCCACGAAUGGCUCAGUCAAGAGCAUUCCCCAUACCUACGGAACCUCCACCUCUGAGUCCCAAUGCACCGAACGCGACCAGCAAACACCGCAGAAUCCUUCACCAUCAACCUCUACCUCCGUCGAUCAGCACAAACUCUCUACUCCCCCCAUUGCCUCCUACCUCCAAGACCCAGCCACCUCCCAUGUUGAACCUCGCCACACCUCGCCCCAAGAGAGCUCUCGUAUAUAUACCGAAAGACUCUCAUACCUGAAAGGUGUCGAUAAGGCUUUGGAACUUUAGAAGGAAUAGAAAGAAUCUCUUCGGGCAGCGACCCUCACCUGCGAGCUGUUCAACAUUCUCAGACAUGCUCAAAACAACGGAGGACUUCGAAGACAUUUCGGAAUGUUUAUUGAUAUUGGGAUUUGGG